AUGGCGACUCUCGUGCGGUUAAAAGGGAGGAUGCCGCGUCGCGCGGGCUUCAAGCCUUGGAUCCUGUCGAGGCCGUUGUCGACGCAAGGACUGAGCUUCAGAACAGGACCCAGCGAGCCCCCCCUGUACACGGGCACCAUCCCGCAGCAUUUCGCCGAAACCGUCUCCCGCCACGGCGACUGCGCUGCCGUCAUCGCGCGCUCCCCUGCCCCCGACGCGUCCGAAACCGCCCUCAGCUACCACGCGCUGGACCUGCUCUCCAACCGUCUCGCGUCGUCCCUCGCCAGUCUCGGGGUGGUAAAGGGCGACCGCGUGGCCGUUUCCCUGGGUAACACGCCCGAGUUUGCCGCCCUGACCUAUGCCUGCUUCAAGCUCGGCGCCAUCCUCGUGCCUCUGAACCCGAGCUUCAACGCGAACCAGCUGGAAGCGGCUCUGAGGCACCUCGGCGUGCGGGUCCUCGUCGCGGGGGCCGUGACGGACGUCGCCUACAAGCCCGGCAAAGGGCGCAGCAACGAGGAGCUUCUGACCCGGGUGGCGGGCGACUUGAGGGGCAGCAGGAUCCAGAGCCAGGGCGUCCCGACGCUGCAAACCGUCGUCGUCGUGGACAACCGCGCGGGCCACGGCGACGUCCGGUUCGGGCUCGAGGAGUGCCGGGCCGUCACCCCGUACGGCCUCCUGCUGGACGGCUCCCCGGGCGCCGUCACCCCUGCCGAGCGCCUCCACCCCCACGACACCAUCAACAUCCAGUUCACGUCCGGGACCACGUCGGCGCCCAAGGCCGCCAUGCUCACGCACCGCUCCAUCCUCAACAACGGCAUCCUGAUUGGCCAGAGGAUGGGCCUCGAGCCCCGGGACCGGAUCGUCGUCCCGCCCCCCCUGUUCCACUGCUUCGGCAGCGUGCUCGGGUACAUGGCGACGGCGACGAGCGGCGCGGCCAUCCUGUUCCCCAGCCCGGCGUUCGACCCCGCGGCCACGCUGCGCAUGUGCGUGGACCACGAGGCGACCGGCCUGUACGGCGUGUCCACGAUGCUCAUGGCCGUGCUCGACGCCCUGGACCGGGGCGUCGUGCCCGAGCCCCCCGCGCACCUGAGCAAGGGCAUCGUGGCCGGCAGCUCCGUGCCCGAGGCGCUCAUGAAGACCAUCUUCCGGCGCCUGGGGCUGCGCGACCUCGUCAUCUGCUACGGCAUGACCGAGACCAGCCCCGUCAGCUGCAUGACGUCGCCGCGCGACCCGCCGGACAAGCGCUGCGCGACCGUCGGCAGGCCCAUGCCGCACACGAGCGUCAAGAUUGUCGACCCGGCGGACCGGUCCAAGCUCGCGCCCCUCGGCACCCGGGGCGAGCUCGCCGCGGCCGGGUACCUCGUCAUGGGGGGAUACUUUGGCGACGCCGCCGCGACGGCGCAGGCGCGCGUGGCCGAGCCCGACGAGGACGGCCCGCCGGGGCGCACGACGGUGUGGAUGUACUCGGGCGACGAGGCCGAGAUGGACGAGGACGGCUUCGUCACCAUCACCGGCCGCAUCAAGGACCUCAUCAUCCGCGGCGGCGAGAACAUCCACCCGCUCGAGGUGGAGAACUGCCUCUUUGGGCUCGACGGCAUCCACCAGGUCAGCGUGGUGGGCGUGCCCGACGACCGGCUGGGCGAGAGCGUCGCCGCCUUUGUCAUCCCCGCCAGCGGGUGGACGACGAGCGACGCCGAGGACGAGGGCGACCCGGCGCCGGCCUCGCGCCGGCAGCUCACCAAGGGGGCUGUGCGCGCGCGCGUGCGGACCGCCCUGUCGAGCCACCUGGUCCCCAAGCACGUCUUGUGGGUGCGCGAGCAUCCCAAGACGGCCAGCGGCAAGAUCCAAAAGUACAAGCUGAGGGAGAAGGCCGCGGCGAUGCUGGCCGCGCAGCCUGCCGGGGCGUCCGUUGGCGGCGGCAAGCGCCAAGACGCGGUGGGGGGGAGCUGA